GAAAACUUUUUUUUUUAACUUGCUGGUCCUGAAAGUUGUCCCGUGGGGAUACCUUCUCCUGUCACGGAGGGCUAGCACUUUUCUCGUCUCGGUCCCAUUGCCAUGUUACUUUCAGAGCUGCAGGCCAGAGUGUCCUUGAAUGCUUUAGCAAGCUGGCAGUCAGUGUUCGGCACUACUGGUUUUGCACAGAACUUUUUGGUCAUAAUGUGCUCCAGUUUACAAUAACUUGGAUUAAGUGACCUGCUCAAGAACUCAUCACAAGAAUCAAGCCCAGACCCCUUAGUCCAGGGAAUUGACUACUGCACAGCCUCAGGGACAACAUGGACUUCCUUGGGAAGAUGGUUGCUAGUAGGUACCACCAAAGCCUACAACUGUUGAAACCUUUUCGUGCCACUCACAGAAAUCAACAUCCAAUUGACAAUGCCGGCCUGUUUUCUUUUAUGACCCUGAACUGGAUUACGCCACUUGCCAGGAAGGCAUACAAGCUCUCUGAACUUCAAAUGAAUGAUCUCUGGAGUUUGCCUUUUCACGAGUCAUCUGAAACAAACUGCCAAAGAUUGCAGUCUCUCUGGGAAGAAGAACUACAGAACCAUGGGAAAAGGAAAGCUUCACUAAGUCUAGUGUUGUGGCGCUUCUGUCGAACAAGAUCUUUACUGGCUUUUUUGUCUCUGAUUAUCACAAUGACGGCAAGCUUUAUUGGCCCUGCUAUUUUUAUUCGGGCCUUACUAGAAUAUGCAAAUACUUUAAAACAUGAUCUGCGUUAUGGGUUGAUUCUAGCAUCUGGCAUAUUUGCAGCAGAACUUGUUCGUUCUUGGUCUUUUGCUUUACAUUGGGCUAUGAACUACAGAACAGGAGUUCGACUAAAGGGUGCUGUUCUAGCAUUGGCGUUUAAAAAGAUGCUGAAACUUAAACAAUCAAAUGACAUUCGGACUGGUGAGCUUCUUAACAUGUGCUCCAGUGAUGGUCAGCGGCUAUUUGAAGCAGCAUCGAUUGGCUGUAUGUUGGCUGCAGGUCCUGUGAUUGGGAUCAUGGGUCUGGUGUAUACAGCACUUUUCCUGGGGCCUUCUGCCCUUCUAGGUUCUUCUGUAUUUAUUAUUUUUUAUCCAUUUAUGAUGCUGGCAUCAAAGCUCACAGCAUAUUUUCGAAAGAAAUGCAUUGUGGUAACAGACAGAAGAGUGAGACUUAUGAAUGAGAUCCUAAACUCUAUAAAAUUUAUUAAGAUGUAUGCCUGGGAAAAUACCUUUAGAAAUAAAAUUCAAGAUAUCCGAAGUGAAGAAAAGACAUUUUUGGAAAAAGCUGGAUAUGUUCAGAGUAUAACAUCUGGGGUAGCUCCAGUAGUUGUUGUGGUAGCCAGUGUAUGUACAUUUACAUUGCACAUGGCACUUGGAUACAAUCUGAAUGCAGCUGAGGCCUUUACAGUUGUUACAGUUUUCAACUCAAUGACAAGUGCUCUAAAAAUGAUACCACUCGCUGUGAAAGCAGCUUCUGAAGCUUCCAUUUCCAUCUCCAGAUUCCAGAAGCUGUUUUUGAUGGAAGAGUCUGAUAUGAGAAACAAUCAGAGACUACUAUCAAAUGAUCUCAUCGAUUUCAGUGGUGCCUACUUUUCAUGGAGUUCAGAUGUCAGAUCUUCAACACUAGAAAAACAAAAAGAGGCAGAGCAAAAACAAGAGGAGUUCAAGGAGACCCAGAAUCUAAUUAAUGGCCAUUAUCUAUUUAGCUCAUCAGAAUCAAAACAAAUAGUCAAUGGUACCAAUGCAUCUGAAUAUAUAGUUUGUGAGCAUAAAGCAGCACUCAUUAACAUCAAUUUCACUGUACAAAAGAGCAAACUUAUAGGAAUCUGUGGGUCUGUUGGAAGUGGGAAAACCUCUUUAAUUCUUUCUAUAUUAGGGCAGAUGACUUUAUUAGAGGGUACAGUGACAGUUUCUGGUAGAAUUGCCUAUGCUGCCCAACAGGCUUGGAUUUUUAAUGAAUCACUAAGAGAAAAUAUCUUGUUUGGAGAGGAAUACAAAGAGAAAAAAUACCAGAGAGUCUUAAAAACUUGCUGUUUGUAUCCAGACAUUGAAUCUUUACCUCAUGGAGACUUGACAGAGAUAGGGGAACGUGGUACCAAUCUUAGUGGAGGACAACGACAAAGAAUCAGCUUAGCCCGUGCUCUUUAUAGUGAAAGAAGUGUGGUGCUUUUGGAUGAUCCACUCAGUGCUGUGGAUGUUCAGGUUGGAGCUCAGCUGUUCAAAAAGGCAAUCAAACAUGGCAUGAUGAACAGGAUUGUCUUGUUUGUAACACAUCAGCUACAGUAUCUUGUGGAGUGUGAUGAGGUCCUGAUGAUGAAAAAUGGGUCCAUCGCUGAGCAAGGGACACAUGAAGAACUCAUGAAAUAUCAGGGUGACUACGCGGUUUUAUUUCAGAGUAUGCAACAAGUGAACAGUAUUAAAAGUGAUGUACAGUGUUCUCCAAUGAAAUAUGAACAACUUGACAGACAGGUAACUAGUAGUCACCAUGCCACAGUUGUUCAACAAAGUAAAGAGCAAGGUACAUUAAGUGAACUAACAAACCAAGAAGAAACAGGCCAUUUCACUUCUGAAGAUGUUAGCGCAGAUCAUCUCACUCACAAAUCUGAAAUGGUAAAUCGUGAUUUUAUGGUAACAGACGGUCAGAUAACUGGUUGCAAACAGGCAGAUCAGUAUGGUGAUCAAGAAGAUGAUGCUGAUGAAGAUGAAAAAGGUUCUGUUCUAGGAAAUACAAUCAUUGUUAAUAACAAUGAAAGGCAGAACAGAGAUCUUAUGGAACCAGAGGAGAAAGGAUGUGGUUCUGUACCAUGUCCAAUAUACUGGGUGUAUAUAAAAGCUGCUGGAGGAGCCCUGUUUUGUGUAUUGAAUGCUGUUCUCUUUAUAUUUACUACUGGGAGUAUGGCAUUCAGUAACUGGUGGCUUAGUUACUGGAUAAAGCAAGGCAGUGGUAAUACAUCUGUUGUCACAAGUAAUGUGACUCUUUCAAGUGACAACAUGAGUGAUAACCCUGAUUUGGAAUUUUACAUCUACGUUUAUAUAUCAACCUUGGCAGCAGUCCUAGGAUUUAGAUUUAUUCGUGGAUAUGUGUUUGUAAAGAGCACACUUAAAGCUUCUACAAAACUUCAUGAUCAGCUGUUCCAGAAAGUCCUCCACAGCCCUUUGAAGCUGUUUGACACAACACCACUUGGCCGAAUACUAAACAGAUUCACAAAAGACAUGGAUGAGGUGGAUGCCCGUCUUCCAUGUCAACUUGAGCAACUUAUACAAAAUAUGAUUCUCGUCCUCUUCUGUCUUGGAAUGAUCAGCUUUGUGUUUCCAUGGUUUCUAGUGUCUGUAUUACCACUGAGCAUUCUCUUCUUCUUAAUAAAUAAAGUAUCAAGAGUGCUAAUCCGUGAGCUGAAGCGCUUGGAUAAUAUAAGUCAAUCUCCAUUCCUGUCUCACGUUACUGCCUCUUUGCACGGAAUAACAACAAUUCAAGCCUACAAUAAAAAUACUGAUUUUAUUCUGAGGUUCCAGAAACUUUUGGAUAUCAAUCAAGUCCCCUGCUUUCUUUUUAGCUGUGCAUCAAGGUGGUUAGCUGUGCGUCUUGAUCUGAUCAGCAUGAUUGUUAUCACCCUAACUUCAGUGUGUAUAGUACUCAUGCAUGGACACAUUCCACCAGCAUAUGCAGGACUAGCCAUAUCGUAUGCUGUACAGCUUACAGGACUCUUCCAAUAUACUGUUCGGCUGGUCACAGAAACAGAGGCUCGAUUUACCUCAGUUGAGAGAAUAAAUCACUACAUAAAGAAUUUGGAAUCUGAAGAGCCGCUGAAAGCCAAAGAAAUUACUCCCAAAACCUGGCCCCAGGAAGGAGCGAUUACAUUUGAAAAUGUUGAAAUGCGUUAUCGUGAUAAGCUGCCUCUGGUGCUCAAGAAUAUUUCAUUUAGCAUUAGACCAAAAGAAAAAAUUGGAAUUGUUGGCAGAACUGGAUCAGGAAAAUCUUCUCUCGGAAUGGUUUUGUUCAGACUGGUUGACCUAGCCGGAGGAUCAGUCACUAUUGACAACUUCUGUAUCAACACAAUUGGGCUGAAAAACCUGAGAGGAAAACUUUCAGUCCUUCCCCAAGAUCCUGUACUAUUUGUUGGAAGUAUCAGGUCAAAUUUGGAUCCAUUAAAUCUACAUACAGAUGAAGAGGUUUGGAAUGCCUUGGAAAGAACUCAUAUGAAGCAGCAUGUUUCCAAGCUAGUCGGAAAACUUAACUAUGAAGUGUCAGAAAAUGGGAGCAACUUCUCAGUGGGGGAACGGCAGCUCCUGUGCAUGGCGCGGGCUUUACUUCGGAGCAGUAAGGUUUUGCUGUUAGAUGAAGCUACUGCGGCAAUAGAUAAUGAAACAGAUGCUCUUAUUCAGGAGACUGUUAAGGAAGCCUUUCAUGACUGCACUGUUCUUAUCAUAGCCCAUCGUCUUAACACCAUACUUCACUGUGACAGGAUAAUGGUAAUGGACAAAGGAAAGAUUGUGGAAUUUGAAAAGCCAUCUGUCUUACUGUCCAACAAGAAAUCAAGGUUUCAUGCAAUGGCAACACAAUGGCAACAACUUCAGAAAAAGGAGGCAUCACCUAUAAUGUAGAGGCCAAAC